AUGGUGAUUAAUAGGCGUAUCAUGAUCGUUCGGAGAAAUGACAAACUCUUGUUCUCGGCAAUAGCUCCAGUCGUCUACCAGAACAUCCAGCCGGCUGCAGCGACUAGAACCAAGGAGCCCCGCAAGCGCUCAACAGAUCCGCUGCUCGGUGUAGCAGUUGGAGUGUUGACGCCUGCGCUCAGUGUGGGUGCUAUCACUGGAGUUGAUGCCAUUGUGGUGACAACCAGGACAGAUGAGCUGCCAGAUGCCGAUGGCACUGAAGACUGA